UUUUUUUUCAAACAAAUAGAUCUACCUCUAAACGCACGCCUUCUCAAAGAAAUGCAUGUUUUGGAUAUUCGUGAAUUGCCGUGUGUUCCCACCUUUGCACAGACAAUGAACGCCGCAAUCAUAUUUCUUUGCAAACUGUAAAUAUCUAUUACGGUGCUGCACGCAUUCAGUCCCAUUCAGAUUUGAUAAUCUUCCAGUGCUUUCGAGUCUAAAGUCACUCAGUCUCAGAGCUACCAUGGCGAGUAUCGCAAUGACUAGAUCUAGUGAUAGACAUAAGUCCAUCACACUGGGGACUCGGACCAGCAUCAGUGGCGACUCAGACUCGGAUGAGGAGAUCGAGCUGCCCCCAAAGAGGUACGGACUGCGUCCUGAACUGACGCCCAAGCAGAAGAUUGAGCUGUGUGACGCUUUCGGGACUUUCGACCCGCGGGGAAAAGGGAUCAUCGACUCGAGAGGAUUCAUCCUGGCUCUGAGAGCCAUGACAUACGAGCCCACCUUCGAGCAAGUGGACAAUAUGAUAAAAAAAGUCCUUGGCACGGACAGUAAAGAGAACAUAGACUUCAAAAGUUUUUACCAGCUGAUGCAGGAGAAGAUGCUGGGCAAUGACACGAAAGACGACGUGCAGAAAGCCUUCAAGGUGUUCAGUGACCCGGACACGGCCGUCAUCACACUGGACAAUCUCGUGGCCAUCGCAGAGGAGCUAGAUGCUAACGUCCCGAUUGAUGAGCUCCAGGAGAUGAUCACCUUCGCAGAUAUAAACAAGGACGGCGUGGUCAGCUUGGACGAGUUCAAAAAGAUCUUGCAGAGACCCGAGUUGGAGUGAGCCCAUGGAUUUGUCCCACAGAAAAUAAAAUCACAAAUUUAUAAAUAGAUCCCCCUCUCGUCAAUGAAUAAAGCAUCUUGUGUAUCUCUAUG